UGCAUGGAGGCGUUGCUUUCAGGCUUAACCGCCUGGUUGCCUAGGGAACCGGGCAGCAGAGACGGCCAGGCUGGGGAGAAAGAAAGCGUUUCCAGGUCAGCUCAAACAUGGAGAGAGGAGCAGAGAGACAAAGAGGAGGGGAUACGGAGGUGGCGCAAGAGAAGAGCUCAGUGGAGAGGCAGUGGGGGGACGCAGAGGUGCUGGCUCUCAUGUCAGUGUGGGACGAGGUCGGCGCUCAGCACGUAGCCGAGAGCAGGGCCACGUUUGAGCUGAUCUCAGAGCGCCUGAGGAGGCUCAGUGUUGUGCGAAGCUGGUGGGAGUGUCAGGCCAAGUGCAAGAGCCUGGGACUCCAGGGCAGAAGGCCUGACGCAGCAGCAGCAGCAGCAGCGGCAGCAGCAGCAGGCACUUCAGCAAACUACAGCCCAGGAGUGGACGGGAGGCCAGAGGAGGGCUGGGAGGAAGAAGUGGAGGAUGUGGGUAAUCAAAGAGGAAUCUUCUCUUCCACUUUCCCAACACAAGAAGGAAUCAAAAGUCAAAUCCAUCGAGCUCUCCCUUACACUCCGACUGUGGCUGAAGAAGGGGGCCGCCACUGGACCGACGACGAGGUGCGAGCCCUGCUGUGCGUGUGGGCUGACCGGCACGUCCGAGAGCGCCUGAAAUGCACGCUACGCAACAAGUCCAUCUUCCAAGAGAUGGCCCGUCAAAUGCAGAGAACUUUCGGGGUGGUGCGCAACUGGAAACAGUGUCGGACGAAAUACAAGAACUUGAAAUACGACUACAAGACGGCGAAAAGUGCCCACGCUGCCGGGGGCAGCGCCGCCGGAGGCCCAGGGAAGUACAUGAAGUUCUUCGAUGAGGUGGAGGCCAUUCUGCUGGACCGCGGGCUGGAAAACGGCGGCGUGGAAAUGCAGAGGAGGCUGUAUGAUGGAGAAGUGGCGGAAGGGAGGCUGCAAACACCAACACAGACGACAACCUCAGAAAGUGAGGUUGUCAUAGAAAUUGAUGAUGAUGACAACAGUGAUGAUUACGAUAUGGAGGUAGACAUGGAAGCUAAAUGGAGCGGAACAGAUCCAUCCAGCUCUGACCAGAUCCACGUAGUCACGGUGUCGGACACGGGUCGAAACUGGAGCGACCAGGAGGUGCGAGCGCUGAUCCAGGUCUGGUCCGACGAGCGCGUGUGCAGGCAGCUGGAGAGCUCGACCAGAAAGAGAGACAUCUUCGUUCAGAUCUCCAACAGGUUAAUUCAGCAAGGCAUCGAGCGGGACUGGAAACAGUGCCACACCAAGUACAAGAACCUCAAGUACCUGUACCGCUCCCUCCAGAGGGGCAAGGGGGACGAAGCGGACCCCCGACGCCUUAUGAGGUUCUACGAUGAGGUGGACGCCAUAAUGAAUCGAGCGACUAACGGCUUGCCACACGCCACGAGAACUGCAGACCUCGUGAUGUUGGAGGGUUCCGGGGAGAGAGAUCACGUGGAUGUUUAUUUGAUGAGGGCAACCACAGUCCCGACAGUGGUGGGACCGCUGGAGGAGAGGACUUGUAGUACGGAUUCCGUCUCGUCUAUGAGCCUUGAUCUAACGCCAAGCAACGAGGAGAGGAGGCCGCAUGCAGCUAAGGAGCGUCGCUUGGAUCAGCAGCACAGAUUAAAGAACUCUGUUGCAAAAAGGGUAGAAAGAGAAGAUACCUAUUCAGUAAACAGAGGAAUGAAGAGGAAAGCUGUGGAUCAAGUCCCCAAACUCCAGACUCCAAGGAAAAAACUGGACACUGGCUCUGCUGAUAACAGAGAGGCCCAGUGCAAAGAAGAGCAGGAUCACAUCCCAAUAAUAAAGAUAAACUCUGUCCGCUCAAUGGCCUCCCCCCAUCCAUCCCCAGAGAGACAGGUAAUGGCUUCUUACCCAAUGGGACAAAAGGUACAAGACGUUAUGCAACAAAUUCAAUGGAGACAAAUCUUUAAACAAGGCUGUAAGAAUCAGAUUACAAAUGACUCUAUUCUCAUAAAGAUUAAUCAUGUGAAUUAUUUCAUCAUUAGAAGACACAACAUUGUCAGAGAUAAUAAGUAAUUGAUCAAAGCAGGGAGAACUAUCUUAGUUGGAGUUUAUAAGAAUAUUUCAAAUACAUGACAAUGCUGAGUGCUGAACUGAAAGAUAUUCAGGUGUAUUUUCAUAUAUAUAUAUGAUGACUAGAGGAACAGAAAAUCGAUCUGGACACAAAAAUGUAUCAGUGAUAGUGAACUGAUUUGGACAAGAUGGAUUAAACAAGUGAU